AUGCUAGAUGAGCCGACAAGCGGCGUCUGUGUACUUCUACCACUCACUUUCGUUGCAGGUGCAUGGUUGACGGAUGCGUUCCGGAGGUGCAGUGGAAGUCCCCGGAUGCUAAACGGCAAGAUGUGCGCCUCAACCACGCGGUACGCUGACGGCAACAAAGGCGCGUGCGGCUGCGGGCCAUCCAGCGGCGACAACCAGUUUCCAUGGACAAAGAGCGCGUAUCUGGCGUCAGCCAAUCAGGCCCUGUUUGACUGCAAAGGUGCAACAUGGUGCGGUGAGGCGUGCGGAAGAUGUGUCAAGCUCACUACUACUGGUGGUUUCGUCCCUGCACAAGGCACGGGUACGGCUGCGGGUCAAACGAAGGUGUUCAUGAUAGCCAACCUCUGCCCAGUCACACAAAUUCCUGGGAACCCGAACUGGUGCAACCAAACUGGGACAAACGGCAUCAACCAGUAUGGCUACGGGUGGCGCUUUAGCCUCGAAAACGGCGACAAUCAGAUCUCUGGCAUGGGUUGGGACAACCCGGAAGUGACGUGGGAAUGGGCCAAUUGUGAUCUUGGUAACCUACAAGAUGCCCGCACCCCUACCUACUACAUGUACAAACAGUGUGAGUGCCGAGGUUAUGGAAAACGUAAAGGUUAA